UACCAUACUUUCAAUAUAUGUACGGUUUCUUUCCGUUCCAAUGCCGUUCAUUCGAAGAAAAAGAUGUUUUUACACCUCCAAGUGCCUAAGAAUUUCGGUAGACUGUCUUACUUCCGGGUUAAUCGCACUGAAUCAAAAGCUGACGACCGCCAUUCACUAGCUUCCAUCAAGUUCAACAAGUGAGCCUCCACCAGCUUGUAUCGAUUGUUGCAGACUGCCGCUGUAACCAGACCAAGACGGCCGUAUAAUAAAAUACACCGGAACAGCUUUAACUUUUUUAAAUGUCCAAUUAAAAAAUCAAAAGAAGGCCAAAUUACCGUAAACGUGACCACGUGACUGUGAUAGAGAAGAGGAAGGACGAACUGUAACCAAGAGAAGUGGAUGAUGAGUCAUGGUGGAAACUAGAAUUGUUGAAUGAAUCUUAUAGUCAUGCAGAGAGGGGUCUGUUUGUUCCUCUCCCUUCUGGGUCUGGGCUUCACGGCAGUGGAGUCCACGUGUCCUGCAGACGCCGUGCAGACAGUCAAAAACUGUAUCAGUACCUCCAUUCCAUCCUUUCUCCCGUCAAAGCAGCAGUCCAUUGAGGCCGAAAUUGAAAUCAUGCGAGGGGCAUGCCGUUCUUCCAGCCUGUUUGAAACUUCUAACUGUGUAAAACGGGUGAUGGAUAAAUGUACCGGCAUGACGGACGAAGAGCAAAACCUACAGCGGCUCUUCAGUUACAAGGAUAUCGAGAAAACCACGAGAUAUUUCUGUAACAAUUUCGAUCUUUAUGAAAAACACAUACGAUGUGUUCAAGAUCAACACGAGGCUGCUUAUAACUGCUCCCGACCACAGAUUGAGAGCUUCCGUCGGAAAAUAUCGGCUAAAUCAGCUAUGGAAGUCAUGAUUCUCUCUAGCUGUUCUACCCACCAAAUUUUGACUGAGUGCUUAUUGGAGCCAGUGUACACAAACUGUGGCGGACCUGCUGCUAUGUUCUUAGAAGAAAUCACUACGAAUCAGCGGCCCCCCGUGUGUCAGCCAUUAAAGCCAAAAUACAACUCUCAACAGGGUGGCAGUCGUAACGGCGCUACUAGUCGGGAAGUGACGUCAGCAACGAUGCUGUGUUCAGUAUUGUUAAUGAUUGGUUUUCCUUUGAAAUUAUAUGGACUUUUCUAAAAAUAAUGGUGUUUUGUCCUCUGGAGCGACAAUCGUAGAACGAGUCCACACUCAUAGACUUCAUAAAGAUAAAAUUCCUUGUUGAGAAAACAAACUAUUCGUAUGCUAAUCAUGAUAUUUCGUCAUCACUCGUGACCUGUGAAUGCAUGCUAAUCAUGAUAUUUCGUCAUCACUCGUGACCUGUGAAUGCAUGCGCAAACCUUUCAACGGUCUUCCUUCUGUGAUAUGGAUGUGAAUAUUGUUUAUACUAUAUAGUCUGGAAUCAAAGCUGAUUACCGUUGAGAUAUCCUUGUUCUGUUAGAAAACAAAAGGUACAUUCCAUUUCCUAGAUUAUAGUAUUAAAUGCCUCUACUAAUAUUACACCGCUUCAACAGAGCCAUGGGCUGCCACGUGUAGAAUUUCACCGACUCCAAUAGCCAUUAUCUAUACAGAAAAUUGUCAUGACAUCAACUGUUACAAGUUUCAUUCGCUACUUACGUAUAUAUAUAUGUCAUGACGUUAAUGCGAGUUACCUUAAUUAACAUAUGUAUAUACAAGUCGUGACGUCAAUGCUUGUUAUUUUUACAUGUACGAAGAAUGCUUAAUUUUAACAGUAUUUAGCUCAUUGUAUAUUUGAAAAAUAUCCAUUGUACAUGUUAAUAUUUUUACGCCUACCACGUUGGAUGGAUAGUUUUAAAUAAAAAAAGUAAUAUAUA